GCAAACACACUCUAAUCAGAGAAGGGUUUGUAUUCCUUUCUCUCACCGACCUUCACUUUCUCUCUCUCUCUUCUCAUCUCCGCCCAGAGGGAGGAAACAAGACGCCCCCACAAUUACCCAUCCAUAUAUACACCUAUACGUACACAAAGUUUCCUCUGAAACAACUAUCUUUCUUACCUUCUUUUGCGCGAACUUUUCUCGGGGUUUUGUUGGUGCUUUUUUCGUUGUUGUGAUUUGACAUCGGUAUGCAGCAAGGUGAUCAGACGGUACUUAGUUUGAGGCCUGGAGGUGGUCGUGGAAGCAGCAACAGGCUCUUUGGUGCUUCUUCUUCUUCGUCUUCGUCCGCCGCCCCUCCGUCCUUGGCGUUUGGUUCUUUCUCUGAUCUCCCUAUUUUACGUCCCCAUGGCGCCGCGCCAGCCUCUGCUUUCCCGUUAACGACUGGAGAUGCAAAGUUUGAUAGUAGUGAGCAUGUGCGUUACACUCGAGACCAGUUGUUACAGCUUAGAGAGGCUGUUGUUGUCUCCGAUGAUAUUCUCAAAAUCAAACAAGAAUUUGAUGCUGAAGUUUUCGGUGAAGAGCAAAUCUGGGGUCGGGCUGAAAGUAAUCCUCCAAACCAAGCUCAGACUCGUUAUUCUGAACCAGAUAAUCGUGAUUGGCGCCGUCCUGCACAGUUUUCUUCCUCUGGAGAGGAAAGAUCACGAGACAAUAGAGAGUACGGUGGACGAUAUGACUCUAGGCAGAUGGAUGCAAAUCAAUUUAAUCGCCAAGACAUCAAUCAACAAUUUUCAAGGGCGCAAGCGUCGUCUAACCAAGGGGGACCAGCUCCAGUUUUGGUCAAGGCUGAGGUUCCAUGGUCAGCUAGAAGGGGAAAUCUCUCUGACGAGGAGCGUGUCUUAAAGACUGUGAAGGGUAUUUUGAAUAAGCUUACUCCUGAGAAGUUUGAUCUACUUAAAGGUCAACUCAUAGACUCUGGCAUCACAUCAGCUGAUAUCUUAAAGGGAGUUAUAUCUCUUAUAUUUGAUAAGGCUGUUCUUGAGCCCACAUUCUGCCCCAUGUAUGCUGAGCUCUGUUCUAAUUUGAAUGAAAAGCUCCCCCAAUUUCCCUCAGAUGAACCUGGUGGGAAAGAAAUCACGUUCAAGCGUGUCCUCUUGAAUAUUUGCCAGGAGGCAUUUGAGGGUGCUGGCAAACUGAGAGAAGAAGUAAGACAGAUGACUGCUCCAGAACAAGAAAUGGAGCGCAGGGAUAAAGAAAGAAUGGUCAAGCUUCGUACACUUGGAAACAUUCGUUUAAUUGGUGAGCUUCUGAAGCAGAAGAUGGUGCCUGAAAAGAUUGUCCAUCACAUUGUUCAGGAACUUUUGGGACACGAUAGUUCAUCUUGUCCUGCAGAAGAAAAUGUUGAGGCCAUAUGUCAGUUUUUCAACACCAUUGGCAAGCAGCUUGAUGCAAGCCCAAAAUCACGGCUUAUAAAUGAUGUGUACUUUGGUAGAUUGAAGGACUUGACUUCAAACCCUCAGCUGGCUCCCCGAUUGAGGUUCAUGGUUCGUGAUGUUCUAGAUCUGCGUACGAACAAUUGGGUUCCUAGGAGAGAAGAGGUGAAAGCAAAAAAAAUCACUGAAAUUCAUUCAGAGGCAGAAAAAAAUCUUGGGUUACGUCCAGGUGCUACUGCAAGUAUUAGAAGUAGUCGUAUCUCUGGGGCUCAAGGGGUUACUGGUCCAGGUAGCAUACCCAUCACACGUCCUGGAUCUGGUGGUAUGAUGCCUGGCAUGCCAGGAACUAGAAAGAUGCCUGGGAUGCCUGGAAUUGAUAAUGAUAAUUGGGAGAUACCCAGACAACGGAGUAUGCCUAGGGGUGAGGGAGCAGGAGUGCAGCCGAUGGGACGUGGCCAACCAAUGAUGAGUAAGUCGGCUUCACUUAACACGAGGCUAUUACCUCACACUACUGGUGGAGUAAUGGGUAGCAGAAGUGCUCUGUUGCAGGGGAGUGGUACCCCUCCUGGCCGCCUUUCCAACUUUUAUUCUGGCACAGAACCUACAUUCCAAUCUCCUGCACCUUCUAAACCUGCUCCUGCACCCUAUGUUCCUCCGGUUGGGGAGAAAUCUCAGGCAUCUGUUGUAAUGUUGAAGACAGAUGAACUUCGCAAAAAAACAGUUUCACUUCUGGAAGAAUAUUUCAGUAUCCUAGAUUUGGGUGAAGCACUAACGUGUGUGGAGGAAUUGAAGUCUCCUGGACACCACCCUGAGUUUGUCAAGGAGUCCAUCUCCCUUGCUCUUGAGAAAAGUCCAGCUUUUGUUGAUCCAGUAGUAAAACUCUUGGAACACUUACUUACUAAGAAAGUAAUUAUGCCUAGAGACAUAGGGACUGGGUGCUUGAUGUAUGGCAUGUUGAUGGAUGAUAUUGCUAUCGACUUGCCCAAAGCACCUAGUAAUUUUGGCGAAAUUGUUGGGAAGCUUGUUUUGGUGGGGGGAUUGAAUUUUAAAGUUGUAAGGGAGAUCCUUAACAAGAUGGAAAAUUACAGGUUCCAGAAAACUCUUUUUGAUGCAGCCAUGAGGACAAUUAGUUUAAGUCCAUCUGGGCAAAAUAUUUUGGAAUCUCAAGCAUCUGAUAUCGAGUCUUGCCAGAGUUUGUUCUAGCAGUCUAAUAUUUCUAUGAACAAGUACUUCAGUUUCAGAUUCCACAAAGACCUCUUGUGCUUGCUUUCAGGGCUUCAUAACCUCAAGGCAAACAACUUGUAUUAUUCGAUAAGCCGGAGAUGCCAAAAACAAAAUAGGUAAUUUUAUUGAGUUUUGUAUAUUUAUCUGAGGUCAGAGCUUAUAUGUUUUAUUGAGGAAAGAAUCAAACUAUAGAAAACCAUGGAUUUUGUUCCUGAGUAUGGCCUAAUAUUGUGGCAAAAUCGCUCGAGGAAGAGUGGCCCUUUCGAGGGAUCAAGUUAUUUUGUAUUUGAUUAGUUUUUUGAACAAUUUUUUACUUUCUUGAUUGAGUGUCUAGUUUAUUGUUCCAACUAUUUGCCUUUCCCUCAACUGGACGAAAUACCAAUUAUUCUUUCUGCUCC